CCCAACCGCAGGUGGAGAGUGGACACGCCAGGCGUCGGCAAUUUGCAGCUAGCUAGCUUCUCCUUUGUCAGGCAUGGAGAAGAGCAAGGUUCUUGUGGUCGGAGGCACCGGUUACCUCGGCAGGAGGAUCGUGAAGGCCAGCCUGGCCCAGGGCCACGAGACCUACGUGCUGUUGAGGCCGGAGAUCGGCCUCGACAUUGACAAGCUCCAGAUGAUGCUGUCGUUCAAGGCGCAGGGAGCACGGCUCGUCGAGGCGUCGCUCAACGACCACCGGAGCCUCGUCGCCACCAUGAAGCAGGUGGAAGUGGUGGUGUCGGCCAUGUCCGGGGUUCACUUCCGUAGCCACAACCUCCAGCUGCAGCUCAAGCUCGUGGAUGCUAUCAAAGAGGCCCGAAAUGUUAAGCGUUUCCUACCAUCUGAGUUCGGCAUGGACCCAGCAAGGAUGGGGCAUGCUCUUGAACCAGGAAGGGUCACAUUUGAUGAGAAGAUGGAGAUAAGAAAGGCGAUAGAAGAAGCAAACAUUGGCCACACUUAUAUUUCUGCAAACUGCUUUGCUGCUUACUUUGUUCCUAACCUCUGCCAAAUGCGUACUCUUCUUCCACCCAGGGAGAAAGUUAAUGUAUAUGGAGAUGGCAACGUCAAAGCAAUAUUUAUGGAUGAAGAUGACAUUGCAACGUAUACAAUCAAGUCCAUUGAUGAUCCGCGGGCCUUAAACAAGACAAUAUACCUAAGACCGCUGGAAAACAUCCUUAGUCAAAAUGAGCUGAUUGCUAAAUGGGAAAAGCUUUCAGGAAAGGCCCUUGAGAAAAUUCCCAUUCCCAGUGCUGAAUUCUUGGCUUCAAUGGAAGGUACAGACCUUGCAAAUCAGGUGGGGGUAGGGCAUUACCACCACAUUUUCUAUGAGGGUUGCCUGACAAACUUUGCCAUUGGAGACGAUGGAGAAGAAGAGGGUUCUCUACUCUACCCAGAGGUUCAGUACACCAGGAUGGAAGAGUACAUGAAGCGCUAUGCAUAACUAUCUUAGCUCAAUGACACCAGCAUACGCUACACACCACCUAUGUUUGAAGGAAGUUCCAUUGAUAUGCUAUUUGUUGGAAAUAUGCCCUAGAGGCAAUAAUAAAAUUUUAUAUUAUUUGCA